AGGAAGGAGUAGCUGCUUCCGGUGUUUGUUCCAUGUGGACAGAAACUGUUAUUGGACAAAACAGCUUUAAUUAAUAGAAUCUGAAUGGUUUAUUCAAGAUUACACAGAAAUCUAUCAGUCUGCAUAUCAUAAAAGACAAGAAAUGUAUGAGUUUGGGGAUUACCAAGGAGAAAAAUUGACAAACGGUGAACUAAACAAUCACUUUCCAAAUGGAGCGAACGUAGUGGCUUCAUGUAAAGAAGGAGAUUUAACAAACCCUAAUAUACAGACUGAAAACACAUCUGCUCAUAUUACACAGGUAUUCACAUCUCAAAAGGAAAAACUCACAGCUGUUAACACUUGCACACCCUCAGAACAUCCACAGAUCGAAUAUCCAUCUACUCACAUUAAGGAGGAACCGGCUUUGUGUGAAGAAGGAAAUCUCACCAACUUUCCUACAACCACAGAACAUCCACAGUCAGAAUACCCAUCUACAUGUAUUAAGGAGGAAGCAAACUCUUGUGAAGAAGAAAAUCUCUCAGAUCAUUCUACACCCAUAGAACUUAGACAGACCGAAUAUCCAUCUACUCCUAUUAAGGAGGAACCAGCCUCUUGCGAAGAAGGAGAUCUCUCAGACAUAUAUAUACCCAUAGAACAUCCACAGACAGAAUACCCAUCCACUCAUAUUAAGGCGGAACCAGCCUCAUGCAAAAAAGGAGAUCUCUCAGACAUUUAUAUACCCAUAAAACAUCCACGGACAGAAUAUCCAUCUACUCGUAUUAAAGAGGAACCAGCAUCGUUUGAAGAAGAAAAUAUCACUGUCAUGUAUACACCAUCAGAAUAUACACAGGCAGAAUAUUUACCUAAACAUAUUAAUGGGGAGAAGUAUGAAGCCUGUGACAAUAUAGAAAUUUUAGAGAUUGACAUCUGUUCACCUUCAGAACCUCUACAGACAGAUUACCCCUCUACUGAAAGUAUGAGUGAAUCUGCCUCUUGUGAAGAGAAACCUUUCUUCUGUUCUGAGCAUGGUACAUUUUUUACCAGCAAAAAAGAUCUUUUAAAGCAUCAGCGAACCCACAGUAGAGAGAAACCUUUUUUGUGUUCUGAAUGUGGAAAACGAUUUAACAGAAAAUCACAUCUAGUUGAGCAUCAGAGAACUCACACAGGAGAAAAACCAUUCUCGUGUUCAGAAUGUGGGAAACGUUUCAGUCAGCGAUCAAAUCUUAUGACACAUCAGAUAACUCACACUGGAGAAAAACCUUUUUCAUGUUCUAAGUGUGGGGAAUGUUUUAGCUGGUAUAAGUGUCUUGUUAGGCACCAGAGAACUCAUGCAGGAGAGAAACCUUUCUCAUGUUCUGAAUGCGAGAAAUGUUUUCGCAAUUAUGAAAGUCUUGAUAGGCACAUGAAAGCUCACACUGGAAAAAAGCCUCUCUUGUGUUCUGAAUGUGGGAAAUAUUUUAAUAGAAAAUCACAUCUAGUUGAGCAUCAGAGAACUCACACAGGAGAGAAACCAUUCUCGUGUUCAGAAUGUGGAAAAUGUUUCAGCCAGCGCUCAAACCUUCUUACACAUCAGAAAACACACACAGGUGGGAAACCUUACACAUGUUCUGAAUGUGAGAAAUAUUGUAUUAGUAAAGCAGAACUUCUCAGACAUCUGAGAAUUCACAGAGUCACUUUUUCCUGUUCUGAAUGCGGGAAAGAGUUUACAUGCCAUUCAAACCUUCUUCAACAUCAAAAAAGUCACGCAGUAUAUUGUUCAGAAUGUGGUAAAUAUUUUGCAUGCCAUGCAAACUUAGUUAAACAUAGGAGAACUCAUACAGGAGAGAAACCAUUCUUGUGUUCUGAAUGUGGGAAAUGUUUUAGCUUUUAUACCAGUCUUAUUAGGCACCAAAGUACUCACACUGGAGAGAAAGUUUUGUCUUGUCCUGAAUGUGGGAAAUCUUUUACCAGUAAAUUGAAACUAGGUCGUCAUAAGAGAACUCACAAUGAAGAGAAGCGUCUCUGAAUGUGGGAAAUUGUUCACUUCACUAUUUACUGCAUAUAUGAGUAAUACAUGUAGUGUCCAAUUAGUCAAGGGACUAAUUAGACUACUGAGGUUAUUCACUAAAGUGAUUAGUCAAAGUGAAUUUGACUAAUAUCCUGUCCUCUCUCCACUCUCAGUGCAGGCAGGAUUGAAUACCCUCUGUCUCUGUAUCAUGUGACUGUGCUAUACCGAUAAAUGAUAAUAGUUGGAGAAGUUGAGGAAGGCAUACAUCAUGCAGCGGUAAACAGCCAGAAUCACAAUUGGUAUACUAAUAAUAAGAUAAAUGUGUACGGGGAGGGUGGGGAAAGCCAGGGGGAUAUGGGCAGGUACAUCAGACAGUAGGUCCCUCUCCCAUGGCCUAGCUGUAAACUUUCAGAAUCUUAAUAAAGCGUUAACCGUUACCAUGAUGUCUGCAUUAUAUGUUUAAACUGCGUUUUUCUAUAGGAAGAAAUUAGUUUAACUGGUAGGCCACACAGAUUUGUGGCAUAUGUGGCUCUCCUAUUGGCUAGUCCUUGCCACUGUGUCCCAUUAAAAAAAAAAAAAAAAAAGAGUG